AUGUUGCCAGCGGUGACAAAGUCAAAAAUAUCUCAACACGUGGGGCCAUCAUCACCGCCAGAAACCCCCAGGGCCGCCUCUCCCGUGUUUGGCCGUAAGAGCAGUCCCCGGCCGGGGGAAUUGCCACAACAGGCUCCCCUGCGUCCGAUGGCGCCGCCACUUUCGACCGGCCAGACGGCGGUCAAUGGGCCGAGUUUCAGCCACUCUAGGGCGAUUCGCCCCGAGCAGCUCUCUCCGCGCACAACCAGCUCGUCGUCCGCAUCGUCCACGUCAUCUUCGGACUCGGAGGAUUCCGAGGGCUCAAUUGCCGGCGGGCCGUCGCUGCCGAUUCCAGAUCGGAGGCCCGAGCCGGCCCCACCUGCCCCGGAAACAAGGAUAUACCGCAUUGUGACAGAGACCGAUUUAAUCGUCGAGGAGUUGAGCGACUUUGGCGACAGCGACGACGAGCGGCUAGGUGUGAUCCGGCCCUGCGCCAUUGAGUAUGCCGAGUCGGACCGGAGCCGCUCAAGGUCACGGACGCGGCCCGAGGUCGACCAAAAGAUGGUCUACAACCUCGGCAACCUCAAUUGCAGCGACGACUCGGACGAGUCAGACCUGAGCGAACAUGAGUACGAGGCGUUCCUGAUCAAACGUCGAGCGGAAAUGAGGCGCAAGCGGAUGAGUUCUGGCAGCAUUGGAAAACGGACCAUCAGUGAAAGCAUUGGCAGCGAUACAGACCUUGAAGACAUCAGGUCUUUCCUCGGAGUUGAGGAGGCUGGCUCUAGCGCACGCCGCCUACGUCGGAGGGUCGGCGAUCGCAAUCGACACAGUCUACAGUUUCAGGAUCCUCCGCCGCCCAGGAUCGACGAGCUCGAGGAGCCACCUUCGAGCGAGGAUGAAAUUUUCAUUGGCGAGUCCCUUGCGCGCGAGCUGCCUUACUAUGAAUACGUUAGCAUGGAGGUUGAUUCUCCGUGA